AUGAGGACAGAGACCCGAACUAACUCAGUACCUUGCGCAGCACAAACUUCCUUCAAAGGCUCCCCAGCACACGUCUGUCGCUCAUGUCGUGUGGCAUUAUCUAUUCCUUUCUCUCAGGCUACGCGAUCUGCAUCGACUGCAGCCGCAAAGGCCGGGGUUGACGCACCAGCUGCUGCACGGCUCUCUCCAUCUGGCCCCGAAGCGUCCCCUACUUCGCAACCACUCUUCACCAUCAAAGCCGGCGUUGUUGUUAGCAGGCCUCCUCUUCUCACGCCCGAUCCCCAUCCUUUCGAAACAGCAUAUCAUCUAUAUCAACGUCGGCUGAACGAACGACUUGCCCUCCCCUUCAGCCAAUAUUUCUAUUACAAGAAGAACACUCCGGCUAUGGAACAAUGGCGGACCCAUCGCCAGGCACGAGGUGGUGCAGCAGCAAGAGAUAUUGGGAGGUAUAAUGCGCACAGCCCUGAGGCAUGGAAUGACGAGGUUUUGGUUGGCGACGAGACCGCACAGCCAGCCAAGAUCGUAGAGCAAUUAGUUGCCGAGGAAGGCCGCUCAGAAGAUUUUACAGGAUCUGGGGAUCCGAGAUAUGCUGGACUCAUGCGGAGAACAGAGGCAGACGAGAAGAACGACCAGAAGAGCCUCGAGAGGAGUUUGACCCGGACAUUAUACUUAUUGGUAAAGGCAAAGGGCGACGGCGAGCUGUGGAAAUUCCCUGCAGGAACUCUAGCGGCCACAGAGGGGUUAAAAGAGGCCGCCCAACGAAUUCUGUUUGCCUCUUGUGGCGUCAACAUGAACACUUUCUUCGUCGGUAAUCAUCCCGUCGGUCACUACCAAGGCCACGCGCCUGCUAGUGACACUACAAUGGUCGACGGUGAGAAGAUAUUCUUCAUGAAAGCUAGGAUCCUGGCUGGACAGGCAGAUCUGAGUAUCGCACAGAACAAGAAUAUCGAGGACUUCAAAUGGGUCAGCAAAGAGGAGGUGGAGAAGUUGGUUGCUCCUGAGUACUGGCUGAGAGUCAAGAAUAUGCUUGUUGCUCAGUGA